AUGCCCGUGAGUUGCAGAACCCGGGUCGCAACCCCUGCCUUCUUCCUCCCUUUCCCCCUUGUUCCCCCCGUUUCCCAUUCUUCCCGCCAUUUCCCCUUUCUGCCCCCCUUUCCCCCUUCUUCAACCCCUUUCCCCUUUCUUCCCCCCUUCCCCCUUCUUUCCCGGUUCCCCCCUCACUUCCCCCCUCCUUUCCCCCUUCUUCCCCCAUCUCACCAUUUUUCCCCCUUCCCCCCAUUGUCUCCCCCUUUGUGCUCGCUUUAUAUUUCCCUUGCCCUCGUCCCCUUCCCCCCUUGCCCUUUCCCCUGCUUCCCUCUUCCUUCCCUCUAUUUGCGCCAGCCCUCCCUCCCCCUCCCCCUCUUGCCCCUCCCUUUCUCAUUCUCCCAACCUGCUCUCUCCCUCCCUCCCCACCUUCCGUCGUGGGUCCUUCCCCUCUUCCUUUUCCAACUUUCCUUUCCUCUGUCCCCUCCCCAUCCCCCCCGUGCCUGCAUCCCCUCUCGCCAUUGCACUCCCAUCUUCAUCCACGUCCGUUCUCCCUUGUUGACUUUUGAGUUGACUUACCUUCAUCCCCUCCCGCACUUGCCCUCCCAUCUUCUUGCAUGGUCUCCCUUCUGUUCACUACGAUCUCCCUUCUUUCCCCCGCUCUCCCCUCUUUUCCCUGCUCUCCCCUCUUUCCCCCGCUCUCCCCCCUACUCUCCAUUCUUUCCCCCGCUCUCCCCUCUUUCCCCACGCUCUCCCCUCUUUCUUUCCCCCCGCUCUCAACUCUUCACCCUGCACUUUCCCUUUUCCCCACGCUCUCUCCUCUUUCCCUUUUUCCCACGCUCUCCCCUCUUUCCCUUUUCCCCACGCUCUCCCUUCUUUCCCUUUCCUCCCCGCUCUCCCCUCUUUCGCCCACGCUCUCAUUCCCCUGUGCCCCCCCCAUCUCCCCCCUAUACGCUCCGCCUCUCCUCCUGCCCUCUCUCUCCCCUCUUCAUAUUGUGCCCUACCCCUCUUGUUCUCUCAGCCUCUCCCAUCUGCUCUUCCUCGUCCUCCCAGGUCUUUGCCCCCUCCCACUUGUUCCCUCUCCCACUCCUCUCCUAUCCUCUCCCCCCUUUCCCUGCUCUCAUACCCUCGUUCCCUGUUAUCCCUCCUUCCUCCUUGCUCUCUCUCCUCUCCCCCAUCUCUCUUCCAUUCCCCCCCCUCUUGACGUCUCUCGAUCUCGACUCCCCAUGGGAGCGUUGCACAAUCAGCAGCUACACCAAUAACCGUACCUCCCGCGCUCCUCUCCACGCCUUCCCCGCCCUUCGUUCCCUCUCCCUCCUCCUCCCCGUCUCUCAUCUCGACUCCCUUCCCCACUGCUCCUUCCUCACCCCCCUCGCCCUCUUUAACCCCCACCCCUCCACCCUCUCCUCCCUCGCCUCCUCCUCCUCAGCCGUCCGGCCCAUCCUCAAAACCUUAAACCUCAAAUCAGCUGAACUAACGGCCUGCCUCGCACCUCUCGCCUCCUUCCCCUCCCUCUCCUCCCUCGAUCUUCAAACCUGCAGCAUCGACCCUUUUGAGCUGCAUGCCCUCUCUCGCUCCCUCCACACGCUCACUGACUUGGGCAUAAUCAACUGCCCUUUGAUCUCCAGCCACUCCCUCGCCACCCUCGCUCAAACAAACCUGGCUCUCUCCUCCCUCUCUCUCCACACCACCUCAUACCAUCUCUUCAGCGCACAAGGCCUCUGGUCUCUGUUUCACGCCCCUCCCGCGCACCUGCACACGCUUUCAUUCUCCGGGCUGCCCUCCUUCCGCCCCGGCCUGCUUGCCCACUGCAGCGGCCUGCAAUCUCUGACGAUAGCAGGUCGGUGGGAGAUAGCACCGCGUUUCAGCGUCAGGGGUUGUGAUGAUGAGGCGGGGCAGGAAAUGGAAAGAAUGGGGUGGGGGUUUGAUGAUGAUUGGCUGACUUGGGGAGGAAGUUUUGGAGAGGUGGAUUUGGGGGAAGCGGCAGCGGCGGCGGCGGUGCCGACUCAGCAGGUGUCUCUAGAGAGUCUUGUGAGUAUGCUGGUGGUGGUGGUGCGGAGGGGAGGAGGAGAGGGGGGAGUGGGAGUGGAAUGUAAAGAGGAGGGUGGGGUUGGUGGGGAGGAGGGUGAGGUGGAGGAAAGUGAAGUAGUGGAGGAAGGCAAGAGGCAGGGGGCUGUGGCGAUUUUGGAUCAAGCUGCAGCGACAGAGAGGGAGCAUGCGAUGAUUGAGGCGUUCUCUGCUGCUGGUGUGUUUGUGAAGAGGGAGAGUCAGGGAGGAGAGGGCGAAGGAGGAGCAGGCCUGCUUGAAGAGAUCGAUGGGAUACUGCUUGGCAACGACGUUGCUGGGACCGGGAGUGAUGGUGAUGGUGCUGGCGAUGCUGAUGGUGGUGGUGAGAGGGAGGGGGAAGGUGCUGCGGGGAACGUGAGUCCUCGCGCGACGGCGCUGGGUGUGAUACAGACGCUAAUGUGGCAGCUGGGUGAGGAGAGGAGGAACACGUAUGAGACCUUCGAACGCAUGCGCUGGCGCGUAGCUCGUGGUGCUGCCGGCUGGCCUGCACAUGAGGCAGGGCUCGCAGCAGCAGCAGGUGGCAUUCUUGGUGGUGCUGCUGCUGCUGCUGCUGCUUCUGCUGAUGCUGGGGAAUUUUCACUUCACCACCACUCCCCAGCCUACCUGGCUGCCUCCGCACCUCCCCUCUGCAUCCCCUCCCAUGUGCUUCACAUCUUCCAGUCUACCCUCCUCAUCCUCCUCUGCGUUUCCCUUCCCGAGCCCGAGUGCCCAGCCUCAGACCUUUGA